AUGCUAACUAUCUUAAAGCAUAUUGAAAAGGACUUGUCGAACACUGACAUAUGCUUUUGGAGUCAGGCUUCAGAUCCUGUACUUGCCCAUGACCCUUUCUCAACGUUGAUGUGGGUUCUGUUUUGUCUACCAUAUCCAUUUUUGUCAUGUGAAGAAUCUUUGUUAUCCCUUGUGCAUCUUUUCUAUAUCGUAGCUGUAACCCAGGCUAUAAUUUUGUAUUAUGAGAAAUCUCAGGAUAAAUCAUCAAGCAAGUCAAGUUUUUCAGAUUGCCUGAUUACUGACAUAUAUAAAGUUAUGGGUGAAUCUGGAUGUGCUCUGCAGUAUUUUGUGUCAAACUAUUUUGACCCUGGUGUUGAUAUUAAAGAUGCGAUUCGGAAGUUUACUUUCCCUUAUUUGCGAAGAUGUGCAUUGUUGUGGAAAUUACUCUAUUCUUCUAUCCCAGCACCAUUCUGUGAUGGGGAAUAUAUGUUGGAUAGAUCGUGGAAUGUCCUGAAUGACACCAUGGACAGGGCCAAUAUUGACAUGUUUGAGGUCACAAAAAUUCAAGAGCUUGAGAAUAUGUUUAAAAUUCCCCCUCUUGAUGCGGUUCUAAAGGAUGAACUUUCAAGAUCUUCAGUCUCUAUUUGGUGUCGUCAUUUUUGCAAGGAAAUUGAAUUGCAGGGAAUUCAACGUCAUAUGCAUAUAACACCUGCAGUUCCAUUUGAAUUGAUGAGAUUGCCAAAUGUUUAUCAGGAUCUUUUGCAGAGGUGUAUCAAACAGCGCUGCCCGGAAUGCAAAACACUUCUUGAUGAGCCUGCAUUGUGCCUACUGUGUGGUAAAUUGUGCUCCCCUAGUUGGAAACCAUGCUGCAG